CAAGCACUCUCUCUCUCUCCUGUGCAGCUGAGCUCUAUUCGGGAGAGAGUGCAAUCUGUCAUCAAUGCAUCCUCUAUUCUCUCUCUUUCUCAAACUUCCCCUUCUCCACUCCCAUCCCCAAUCCCAUCCUUCUUUUCUCAUAGAUUGAUUCUUUUCAAUCUGCAUUGCUUUUCUCUCUCUCCAUCCAUAAUUUUUGUGUCUGCAAAAUAUUGAAGCGUCCCUCCCAACUCUUCUGUCACAGAUCUCAUGAGUCUCUCCCAAAGAACUCAGAUUUGCCCACCAGUGACCAUCUUCAACAAGAAAACCCAAACUCAAAGCAACCAAUUCAUUGUCUGAUCUUCUUACAAACCCAAGUUUUAUUUUUUAUUUUUGUUGAACUCGGAGAAAAAAAAUGAAAAUGGCCCAGAAAGAUUCGGAAAAAAUCCUUUGGGAUCAGAUGAAAAGCCCACCGUGCAUGCCCAUUCCGGUCCCUGGGUCACAAAAUCGAGCGCUGCCGAAGCUCAUGGUCUGGCUCAUCCUCUUCGUCUCCGCUACCUACGUCGUCUACACUCUCAAGCUCGUCUCGUCUUCACGCGCUUGCGACGAUGAUAUUUUCGCCAGCCCCAAUCGAAACCCUCCAGUCUUACAUUCAUCAUCAACCUCUGAAAAACACAACUCAGCAAUCUCAUCAGAUUCUUUUAUUCACAAUCAAACCAAGCUUUCUACAGACAAAAUCCCAGAAACCCAUCAAAAAACAGAGCUCAAAGACAUUGUAUUCGGCAUUGCGGCCUCGGCGAAACUCUGGGAAAAGAGGAAGAAUUACAUAGAGCUUUGGUGGAAACCCGAAGAGAUGAGAGGCAUAGUAUGGCUAGAUAAGCCCGUAAAGACAAAAAAAAACUGGGGUCUUCCACCUACAAAAAUCUCCGGCGACACCUCUCGUUUUGGGUACAAAAACCGGCAGGGUCACCGGUCAGCCAUUCGGAUUUCUCGGAUCGUAUCGGAGACCCUAAGAUUAGGAAUGGAGAAUGUGAAGUGGUUUGUGAUGGGUGACGAUGACACAGUCUUUAUUACUGAUAAUUUAGUGAGAAUAUUGAACAAGUAUGAUCACAAUCAGUUCUAUUACAUUGGGAGCUCAAGUGAGAGUCACUUGCAGAACAUUUAUUUUUCUUACAGUAUGGCUUAUGGUGGUGGUGGGUUUGCAAUAAGUUAUCCAUUGGCAAAGGCUCUUGAUAGAAUGCAAGAUAGGUGUAUUCAGAGGUACCCUGGACUGUACGGUUCUGAUGAUAGAAUGCAAGCUUGUAUGGCAGAACUGGGUGUUCCUCUCACUAAAGAAAUUGGCUUCCACCAGUAUGAUGUGUACGGGAACUUACUUGGGCUCCUGGGGGCGCAUCCAGUGACGCCAUUGGUGUCGUUGCACCACCUCGAUUUGGUGGAGCCAAUUUUCCCCAAUGUGACUCGCGUGCAAGCUCUACAGCGGCUCACAUUGCCGAUGAAGCUAGACUCUGCAGGUCUCAUGCAACAAUCCAUUUGCUAUGACAAACAGAGGAGUUGGACGGUUUCAGUUUCUUGGGGCUUUGCAAUUCAGAUAUUUCGCGGAGUUUUGUCACCACGUGAGAUUGAAAUGCCAUCUAGAACAUUCUUGAAUUGGUAUAGGAGAGCAGAUUACACGGCCUAUGCAUUCAACACACGUCCGGUUAUGAGAAACCCUUGUCAGAAGCCCUUUGUGUUUUAUUUGUCGAGGGCGAGAUUAAAUCCUGGCACAAAUCAAACAGUGAGUCAGUAUACACGGCAUCAAGUUCCUCAUCCUGCUUGCAGAUGGAAGAUGGCAGAUCCAGUUGAACUAGACAGAGUGGAGGUCUACAAGAAGCCUGACCCACGUCUAUGGGACAGGUCCCCAAGAAGAAACUGUUGUAGGGUGUUGGAAAUGAAGGGAAAAAGCAUGGUGGUAGAUGUAGGUGUAUGUAGGGAAGGUGAGAUUAGUGAAGCACAGUGACAGCCGAGGAUGAGAGGUCCUUUCUUUCCUCUUGUACCUCCCCUUCUCUAUUUUCAUUUUCUCGAUAUUUAAUCAUUGGUUUAUUAAAAUUUCUUGCAAGGGUCUUCCCAAGUUCACCGACACAUUGGGAAAAAAAGAUCCUGUGAAUGUAACAUUUACUAAUUAAGUGCAGUAUAGUUUUCAAAAGUUUAGUAGUCUCUGAGCUAAUUUAACCACG